UCUCAGCCUGAACUCAAAGAUGUCUUCCACAUCCUUGCUAGUGUUGCUGCUGGGACUGGUGGUUCUCAUCACCUCGUCUCUUGCUGACUACCCCAAGCAUCCCCCACUUCAGAAACCACCUACGGAACACCAACCACCAACUAAACCUCCCAAUGGAGAGAAGCCACUCCCCGAACACAAGCCACCAAGUCCAUUUGGCAAACCACCCCAGGGAGAGAAGCCACCACCACAAAAUAAGCCAUCUGACAAAACUCGUAAGCUUCUCCAGGUAGAGAAGCCGCUUCCGGAGCACAAGCCGCCGGUGAAGAAACCACCUACGGAACACCAGCCACCAACUGAACCUGCCAAGGGAGAGAAGCCAGUCCCCGAACACAAGCCACCAAGCCCAUUCGGCAAACCACCCCAGGGAGAGAAGCCACCACCAGAACACAAGCCAUCUGACAAAACUCGUAACCUUCUCCAGGGAGAGAAGCCACUCCCCAAACACAAGCCACCAAGCCCAUUCGGCAAACCACCCCAGGGAGAGAAGCCACCACCAGAACACAAGCCAUCUGACAAAACUCGUAACCUUCUCCAGGGAGAGAAGCCACUCCCCGAACACAAGCCACCAAGCCCAUUCGGCAAACCACCCCAGGGAGAGAAGCCACCACCAGAACACAAGCCAUCUGACAAAACUCGAAACCUACUCCAGGGAGAGAAACAACUCCCGGAGCACAAGCCACCGAUGAAGAAACCACCUACGGAACAGCAGCCACCAACUGAACCUUCCAAGGGAGAGAAGCCAGUUCCCGAACACAAGCCACCAAGCCCAUUUGGCAAACCACCCCAGGGAGAGAAGCCGCCACCAGAACAAAAGCCAUCUGACAAAACUCGUAACCUUCUCCAGGGAGAGAAGCCACUCCCCGAACACAAGCCACCAAGCCCAUUCGGCAAACCACCCCAGGGAGAGAAGCCACCACCAGAACACAAGCCAUCUGACAAAACUCGAAACCUACUCGAGGGAGAGAAACAUCUCCCGGAGCACAAGCCACCAAGCCCAUUAGGCAAACCACCAAAGGGACAGAAGCCACCUCCUUCCGGUCACAACCCUGGGCACCCUCCUGCAGAGAGUGCCGAAGACUCAUACAAGCCACCUCAGAAGAUUACGCCUCCUUCAACUCCAACAAAGAAGCCACCAGCUCCUACCCAGAAGCCACCCCACAAACCACCAUCUCCUACCCAUCCCAACUGAGUGACUUUGGUUAGUUUGAGAUUUUGAGUAAUACGUAAAAUAAGAGCUGCUACCCGCUGUGCACUUAUCAUGUUACUCUUUCCCUGCGAGCCUAUAGGUUCUAUGUAUAAGUCGCUGCUAUGUUUCUGUUUGAGAAUGGUGAUGAGUACUCAUUGUAGAUUUCUCUACCUUUGUAACACUGUCUAUUUUAUUAUGUAGUGAAUAUUGAGUGUUACUUAUAGUGCUAUCUACAAUCCAGAUUUCCUUC